AUGGCUGAGGAGCUGAAGAAGGAGCAGGAUACUAGCUCUCACCUGGAGAGGAUGAAGAAGAACCUGGAGGUUACAGUUAAGGACCUGCAGCACCGCCUGGAUGAGGCCGAGAACCUGGCCAUGAAGGGCGGGAAGAAGCAGCUCCAAAAACUGGAAGCAAGGGUGCGAGAGCUGGAGAACGAGCUCGAAGCGGAACAAAGACAUGGGUCGGAUUCUGUGAAAGGGGUUCGCAAACUUGAGCGCAAGAUUAAGGAGAUCACCUAUCAGUCUGAUGAGGACAAGAAAAACAUGACACGGCUGCAGGAGCUGGUGGACAAACUGCAGCUGAAGGUCAAAGUGUACAAACGGCAGGCUGAAGAGGCUGAGGAGCAGGCCAACACUCAUCUGACGAAGCUGAGGAAGGUGCAGCACGAGCUGGAGGAGGCCGAGGAGCGAGCCGACAUCGCCGAGUCCCAGAUCAAUAAGAUGAAAGUCAAGAGUCGUGACAUGGGGAAGGCGAAAGACAGCGGAGAGUAG